AUCUCGUCACAACUAACACUGGCAUCUGAUCUUGUCACAUCACAUGCAGCAAUAUGCUACGCGAUCUCAGAAGACAGGGAAAAUCUGUUGGUUGGUUACCCCUCAGAGCCGCUGUUGGCAGAAGCAGAAUUCUUCCUGAUUGAGGAUAAAGGCAACUUGUCAGACACCUUAAGAAAAGGUGGUUUAGUUUCCUCAUCAUUCUUAAAGAAUUUGUUCAGCUGUUCUACCCAGACAAUAAACAAGCACUCAAUGAAAAAUUACCAAAGUCCCUAUGCAAGUGCAGAUAAGAAGUAUUCCUCGUUAGCCAAGAUGCAUCCUGAACAAGUUUUUACAGGUGAAAAUCUUGAGAAUUACAGCGGAGAGUAUUUAAGCAUUUAUUGGCAGCUCAGGUACACUGGCAAGUGGUUUAUUGACCCUCCAAACAUACUGGAAAAGUUCGAAGAUCAAGGGUGGAAAGUACCUGCCACUUGUUCAUAUACCAAAUCUGAAAGCCAGAUGAAAAGACUUAACAAGAAAAUAAUAUGCAUGUCUUCAUUUGGAAUGGAUUGCUUUAAGUUUUUGGAUAAUGAAGUGAUGGGAAUUCUGAAACAGAUAGUUGUCUCUUAUGUCACUCCUUUUGAUCCUGAAUAG